ACCUAUAACUAAAUCGGAAGAAGGAAGCCAUCUUUGAUUGCAGCAAUAGAUGUCUGCCAACGUUGAUUCUGUACAGUAGCAAUUACAGUUACAGCUGUAGCAGAUAAAAUACAAUUGGUGUGUGGUUAGUGAGUUAUGUCAACAAUGAAUCCAGAGUAUGACUAUCUCUUUAAACUGUUGCUCAUUGGUGAUUCUGGUGUUGGAAAGUCUUGCCUUCUUUUAAGGUUUGCAGAUGAUACAUACACAGAAAGCUACAUCAGCACAAUUGGUGUAGACUUUAAAAUCCGAACAAUAGAACUAGACGGAAAGACGAUAAAGCUACAGAUUUGGGACACUGCUGGACAGGAGAGAUUCAGGACCAUCACUUCAAGUUAUUAUCGUGGUGCUCAUGGCAUUAUCGUUGUCUAUGAUGUUACAGACCAGGAAUCCUUCAACAAUGUGAAGCAGUGGCUUCAAGAAAUUGACCGAUAUGCCAGCGAGAAUGUCAAUAAGCUCUUGGUAGGCAACAAAUGUGACCUCACCACAAAGAAAGUGGUAGAUUACACUACAGCAAAGGAGUAUGCUGAUCAGUUGGGCAUACCCUUUCUGGAAACAAGUGCAAAGAAUGCCACCAAUGUAGAGCAGGCGUUCAUGACAAUGGCGGCUGAGAUCAAGAACAGGAUGGGCCCUGUCACUGCUGCCUCAGAAAACAAGCCCAGUGUCAAAAUAAACUCCAGCACUCCUGUCAAGCAAGGAGGUGGUGGCUGCUGUUAAAAGCACGAUGGUGUAGCUGUGUUAAGGCUGUGUUGAAACAGUGCCACUAUGAGACCAUGGGGUUAUCGAUGGAAAAUUUCAAGCUGGAAACACUUCACAGACCUAAUAUUUAACAUUCAUUGCUGCAAGUAAGACAAGCAUGUCCUUUUGAUUUUAGAAGGAAAUGCAGACAUUUGCAAUCUUCCUCACAGUCACCAACGUCGAUACCAGAAUUGGGGAGUUGUCUAGGGUGGUUCUUGUUUGGGGGUUGUAAUCUUUUAUUAUUUUUUUUUUUUAACUGAAUAAACAUCUGUGAGCAGUUCUUUGUUUUCUUUGAUUGGAUUUGAAAAUGUUAAAGUGAGGCUUUCUCGUGUGUCACUCACCGACAUAAGUUCUGCUCACUGUAGACUUAAAGGUCAUUUCUAAGCUGUAUUUAUACCAUUUCAUGUGUACAUUGAAGUGUUCAUCCAUGGAUGAUAGCUCGUGAUGCCAGAAGAUAAAAGGAAGAUGAGUAAGUACUUUUUUUAAUGUUACAAGUUUAACAGAUACUGUUAUAAAUUUCUCCAUGGGAAGAGGUCACUUCCUGCAAUGAUAAUCUCCUGACAAGAAUCCUUACAUUUUGGUUACACCAGCCAUGGUUACCAACCUCUCCAUGUUUCAGCUUGAACAAUGUGUCUGGGGAGAAGGGAGACGGGAAAGUUAGCAUGGUUGAGAGUUGUGUUGAGAUGUCUGACCAUUGCUUCAUUCUGUAACAGGUCAAGUGAGUAGCAUAUGAAGACAUUUACUGUUUUUCUCCAUCCAUGUAUAAAGCCCACAUUGAUAUUUUUCCUGUAUUCAUAUUUGAACAUGUCUGAAAAAAUUCUUUGUGUAUAUUCAUUGUGGAAAUGCUUCUACCUGUGGGUUGGUAUUGUGUAAUUAUUCUUGAUAACGUAACCUUUUUUUUAAGUAUCUAUACAUAGCACUUUAUAGAUAUCAAAAAGCAAAUUGACAUAAAGAACAUUCUGGCUUUAAUAUGCUGUGAGGAUUUUUCUUUUCAUUUUAUUUUUACAUCGUUUUGAUUAUGAAAGGCAUUCCUAUGUUGACAUUUCAUCAGUGAUUAGAAAGUUUUAUCACCAGUUGGAUUAGAACACUGAAUGUUGAUGUCUGUUGCCUGCUCUUUCCCAAACAUUACCUUUUUACCCACAAUCUCUGUUUAAUGACAAAUCUGGACGCCACAGAGAAAUAAGAAUCAUGAGCAUACCUGAAUUUUUUGUGGGCAAGUGUUUUUUUUUUUUUUUUUGGUUUUGUUUUUGUUUCCCCCACCCCCCUCAUAUUAGUCCCGCAGAAUACUUUUCCACAACAUUGGCAUUUUUUCUUGCUGUGCUUGUUCACCUGAGGGAUUUUAGGUGUUUGUGUCGGUGCUCUCUUUUUUUCAGCAUGCGGGGACUGGUUAGCAGAGCGUGCUUUUUGUUCAGAGCUGCUGCUAGAUUAGUACUUAACCAGUUUGGUGAUUGAUGAUCUACUCUUUUUUUACCUUAAACAAAUCAGAAAAGUGUCCAGCAGUUAGUCGUUUACUGCGGAUUAUUUGUAGUUGGCUUGACCUGGAAAAUGGCGCCGUUAUGAGCAUCCUGCCACAGUCUCUUUGGUCUCUGACUUGAUAGAUUUCUUGACUUCCUCUGCAUGGACCACAAUGGUGCUAAAGUCUUUGUUAGGAAGCUGCCAGUUUUGCUGAAGAUAAGAGAGGCAACUGCAUGGGCCCCUAAAGUACUCCUUUUGUGUGUUGCUGGAUGUCUUGUGCUAAGCUGAGGCAUGUUGAGUGCAAGCGGUACGAAAGAACAAAAAGGACAAACAAAAGGAAUAUCUUGUUUCUUUGGUUUCUAUGCUUAUCUGUCUGCCCUGAUCCAAGCUAUUGGCUUCUCUACCGUUUUGGCCUGUAUUCAGAGCAGCACUGGAGUAUCAACAAUAAAAAUGUAAAUAAUG